AUGUUCCGUGUGCACUUGGCGACUUUCCUCAGCGCUUCGCUGCUGUGGUUAAGCGAGAAGAGCUCACAAGCAGCUGCAGUAACUACCGUAAAGUAUACAGCAACGCUUGGUAGCUCUGUCGAGUGUCUUGGCGAAGUCAACAAUGCCCGUGAGGCAGCUGGAUUAGCCAACUUCACUAAGGCAACAGAAAAAGGGGACCAAAUAUCUGAUCCUGGAUCUGAGGAUCUUACUGAUGGCGACUGGAAAGAUCUUUGUGAAUAUUUGGUACCUACGCAACCCGAAGCAUAUAAUUCCCAAGCGGCUGCACAGCCUUUCAAAGAUGGAACUUAUGCUUUCAAGGCCCUUACUGCCGAGCAACCAAACUGCACCGAAACUGUCGAUUACUGGAAGGCAGCCUACAAAAACUUCACUGGACUGCCACCGUCAAAGAAGGAAGCUGAAAAGUUGUACGACAAUCAAGACAACGUUUCCUUUGUAGCCCUGUACAACCCUUCAUCUAAUGCCACUGCAGACUGUCGAGUCGUUACUUGUACUCAAAAGACGUCUCCUUCUGCCCUUUUGGUUAGCGUAUCAAGUGGUGGCAGCAGCGAGACCACGAAAUUGGGCUACGCUUUGAUUUGCAAGACAAUGCCUACUGCUUUCGGAAAUGACAGCACCGCUCCUUUCACGCAAGAGCAAUGGGACAAGAUCAAGUAUUCUCUCACAGGAUCCGCGUCGAUAGCAGCUCCAAGCCUGGUUGCUCUUGCCAUUGUGGCAAUCGGCAUUACAGCUGUAUGA